AUGAAAAUUUCCAACGCCGUUGUCGUUGUUUUUGCCGCCAUCGCCUCGGCUGACAAUCGCAUGCAGUGUCCUGUCAUCCCUGGUUAUGAUGUUUUAGCCGGCAUCAACCAGCCGAUAGCUACCUUCUUCACGCAAAUCGACAACAAUCAACCCUCGUCCUCAACUGUCGUCGAUAGUUUCAAGGAGCUUGUCAGUUCUCUCGAUCAAACCUCAUGCCAUAUUUAUUUCGGCUAUGCGAAUGCAUCGGACCCGCUCAGCUUAGCAAAAAUAUCGGAACUGCUCAGCAAUGCGAAUGAAUCGGACCCGCUCAGCUUUGCGAAUGUAUCGGAACCGCUCAAGCUUGCUGGUGCCGUCAAGGCCAUAGCCGACACUUUUCUUGCAAACAUGGAGAAGAAAAGGGCGGUUUUCCAAGCGGCCAACGCUUGCGUCGACGUGUUUCGUUACCUCCCAGUGGUUCGAAGAUCAUUUAUAAGAAUGAUCGCCGUCGUCCUCACCAAAGUACCUCGCGAUAAUGUGAAAGGAAUCAUCAGGCUGUUUCGACUCGCGGAUGAUAAGUUUGGUCCAGCUCUUAAGGCAUUCUCGCGUUCUAGAUGUCAAUGA